GGGAGGCGGGGCGGCAACGGCGGCCAAAAUGGCUCGGCCGAGCGCCGCCAGGGCGCUGCGGGCGCUGCUCUUGCCGCUGUCCCCCCGCUCCGUGCCGCUCACGCCCCGGGGACCGGCCGCCUCCUACGGGACGCAAUGAGAAACGCUUCCCUAGUACCUGUGGACGCCGUCUUUCCUGCAGGAAGUAUGAAAGAAGGACGAGGAGGAGGAGGAUUAACAGCCAAUACUUCAAUAACAUCUGCCAAAAUCCAAGUGAACGGAGUCAACUUGCAUUAUCAGCAAACAGGAGAAGGAAGCCAUGCAGUUCUCCUGCUUCCCGGAAUGCUAGGGAGUGGUCAAACAGAUUUUGGACCACAGCUUAAGUCUAUGAAUAAGCAACUUUUCACAAUUGUUGCUUGGGAUCCUCGGGGAUAUGGACAGUCCAUCCCUCCGUCUCGAGACUUUCCUCCAGAUUUCUUUGAGAGGGAUGCAAAAGAUGCUGUAGAUCUUAUGCAGGCAUUGAAAUUCAAGAAGUUCUCUUUGCUGGGAUGGAGUGAUGGUGGUAUUACAGCACUCAUCGCAGCCGCAAAGUAUUCAGCUCUUAUCCACAAGUUGGUUGUCUGGGGAGCAAAUGCUAGCGUUACUCAAGAGGACGUGAGAAUUUAUAAUGGUAUCCGAGAUGUUUCAAAGUGGAGUGAAAAGGUUAAGAAACCACUGGAAGAGAUGUAUGGACAUGAAUACUUUGCAAAAACCUGUGAGGCUUGGGUAGAUGGAAUAUCCAGCUUUGCUGAAAAGUCAGAUGGUAAUAUCUGCCAACAGUUGCUGCCUCUCAUUAAAUGUCCCACAUUUAUAAUUCAUGGUGAGAAAGACCCUUUGGUUCCACGCUAUCAUGCAGAAUACAUUCAGAAGCACAUCAAAGGCUCCCGAUUGCUCCUGAUGCCAGAAGGAAAGCAUAAUCUACACCUGCGUUUUGCAGAGGACUUCAACAGACAAGUGGAAGAUUUCUUACUGUAACCUAAACUGUAAAUGCAGAAACCUCAGCUGCUGUGAAAUGUCAUCAACAUGGACUGGCUUAAGCUUGGUUACACGUGGAAUUAUGUACUACUGCUUUUGCGACCACAAAAUAUCCAGAAUUGUGCUAGCACUGAGAUCUUUUCAUCAACUUUCCUUGAAUUCUGUGUUCUUUCUAUCCUGGCUGUUGUAUUUGCCAUUGACACAUUUCUGCAACACUUACCCACAGGCAGUCUUUGUUACUGCUCACGCAACUCGUGCAUACGCAUUUCUACGCGCUGUGCACAGGCACAGCCUGCCCUUUCAGGCAGCAGUAGGCUGUUACCGCAAUAGAGCUGCCCCUCCUGGCUUCUCUGUGGGAUUCACACAAGCAUUUCAGAGAUUUUUUUUGGGUGCCAAGGUAUUCUUGGCAAUCUGCAAAGCAGCAGCUUUAAGCAUUCUGAUUCUCCACCUGAAGGUACCUGGACACUCCCCGACAUGCCUUCUUCCCACAUGCACACAGUGGCUUCCUAGAGCUUAGCUGUUAUGCCAUUAAGGAUUUUGAGCUUCUAAAAGGAAAAUACUGAAUUCAUAGAUGCUAUAACACUGGUUUCUUUGUAGGUCCUUGCUGGUUUUGGCGGGGUGUAGCUCCAGGUUUUAAAAAUGAGUACCUAAAGUGAGGUUCACAUUUAUGUGUCUAAUAAGUUCCCUCCUCUGUAGCCGUGCUGAGCAUCCAUGAACACACAAAUUAAAUGUCAAUUAUUUAAAUGUCAACUUAGAAUCCUACCUUUAGGCAAACACACACUGCAAAAGAUCUUAGCCAUCAAUGGCAUUUAAAUAGAUGCGACACUUCCCUAUUGCAUUUUUCAGUCUAGCUUCACCAGGGUGCUCAGAAUUGCAAAUAAAUGUCAAAAUGUCCCACUCCUGCACUUGCAGUGCCCGUGCAGAGGAACGCCCAUGUGCCCCCCCCUGCAGCCCAACCUCUGCCUGCAGCUCUGCAGCCGGCUCCCAGGCUGAACCAAGCCCUCCACCUUUCCCAGUUUCCAAGGCAACCGCAGAGCCUUGGAAAUGAGCUGCACAAGGGAGGCAGCAGAAAUCCUGGAACAUUUUAAUGUCUGUCUGUAAUUUCCUAUUGUUUGAAAUAGAAUUGCAAACAUAAAAAUGUGAAAGCUGCUCAAGCAUGCACAACAGACCCAGCGAGCCUAUGGCUUUAUUCUCAUUUAUUUUGAGGGGGCAAUAGCACGUAGUGCUUGGGCACGUAUAUCAGAAAGGACGUGACUUUUCGAGCCUUUCUGUUUGAAGCCGAAUGAUUAUGCUCUGUUCAUUAGCUUAUUGUUUGCCUUCUACCUGAUAACGACAGUAUUCCCACCUGAUGCAGACAGUCUGAGGUCACCUUUGGAAUCCGAUGCUUAGACCCUGGCAACAUGCAGUAAGACUACUUCUCCCGGCAAGAGGGUGGAAUAUUUGUGAAGGUAUUUCUAAUUCUAGUAAUAAAAUGCCAUAAAGAAAAAUCUAUUUUUAUUUCAGAAUCACAACCCACUGCAGGCACUAGAGGCGGUUAGGUAGUACAACGCGGAGCAUGCUUUUAUGAAUGAACAAAAGCAGUUUCAUUGCAGAGUCUUCCGUGCUUGUGGUUUUUGUACCUGGAUUUUUGUGUUUGGCCAUGAACAAAAGAGGAGAGAGGAUAAGCAUGUAAAGCAACAUCACGUUACAGAACAAUUCAGGGCACUGUCAAUUCUGAAACAAAGCGUGCUCCUUUUAAGGAAAGAACUGGUUUCUCACAAACCUGAUAUUUCUUCCAAUACCCUGUGGCUUCCUUUGUGAACUUAGACUGUAACCUCUGAGAGUCAGGAAUUUGUGUUUAUGUAGUCAUACAGGACGUGGCAAACAGAACCCCCCCUCAUCUGGCUUCCAAAAGUUACCAUAGUAAACAUGGUCAUUAUUAUGUCACAAAAUGACUCCAGAAAGGGAAAAAUAUGUUGAUCAUCAUCAGGCACAGAUUUACUGAGAAGGAGAAAGGCAAAACAAUGCAGCCUCUCAUUAUUUCCCCUUGGCACACCAGAUGUGAUGGGGUAGCAGCCAGAUGGCUCCUGCCCCCAUCCAGGCUGCGUCUACCUUUUAAGAUCGCUCAGAAGAAGAAAUCCAUUUACUGUCUCUACGAACUAGGUCCUUCAGUGAAGAUAUGACUAGGAUUCCAGCAUCAGUAUAAAUGAAAUGCUGAUAUCAUGCUUGCCAGCCUAGCUUAUUUCCUGCGUGUUGCUGAGAACAAGGCACAGACAGAGACUUUGAUCUGCUAGCCACAGUUUCUUUUGUUCCUGCAUCUCCUUGCUCUAUCUUGCAAUCCGAUAGUUACUUGUAAUUCAGACUGACACCAAACUCUAAACUUUAUCUUGCGACUUAGGAAUUUUGCUAAGAGAUGCUGCAGUUUGUGGUGGGAUUCGAUACGCGUUGUUUAAAAUCACCCGAGUUCUCUGCAGCAGGAGUCAGGGUGCUGUUGCACCAGGUGGAUGAGUCGCCUAACAGCCUGCUCUGCUCUCUCCUGCUUUCAGUUGGGCGCUUUUCCCUUCUCCUUUGCACCAGUUCUCACUUCAACAUGCUGCAAUCCAAGAAAAAGCUUCUUCCUCACCCAUCUCUCGUCCCUGGCUGUGUAGCUUAGAGAGCUGAAUUGUCCCAUCGAGGGGUCAGACGUGCUCCGGAGGGAAGUCACACAGACACGCAUAAAGGAAAUAACACAAACUUAACACCUGAAGCAAGGCAGCAGGAAUAGUACCAUCCUUUUAGCAGCUGAAGGCUAUUGAAUCAGCCCAGCCCCACCCAUGGAGCUACCCACUGCAGCAAACGCAGUUCUCUCAAUGCCCUGCAAAUCUCUCAUCCAGGCUUGCUCUGCUGGCUUUCUUUCUCCUUGCCUGCUAGUGUGGAGCUGGAAUUUACAAAUACGAGUCAUACCGUUAACUUAUUAACUGUAAGGCCAGGAUUAUGCUGGAUGCACAGAAGCAGAGUGUAAGUCAUCAAUGCCUGAAUUUCAUUUGAUGCUUGUAAAGCCUUUCGUGAGACAGUUUGAAUUCUGCUUGAAAAAUCUGUUUAAUUAUUCACUACGAAGGCAAGCGGUAUAUUUCUGUCGUAUUCAUGGAAAACACAGAAACAUUUUCCAGUGCAGAACAACACAGAACUGUUUACUGAACAAGCUCUACAAUCUCUGCCAGGGUAGCCAUUUCAUCGUCUGGAGCAAAUGUUUUCACAUUCUGCUUGAGCUGUAUUAUUAACGUUGCUGUUUGCAAUGAUAGAUGUACUCUUGACAAAAAAAAAAAAAAAAAGCACCUUAAAUUUACUAAGGAAGGCCAAAUGAGAGAAAUAAUCUGAUAAUAAAAGAUGACAUAUGGAUAAACUGAGACCAAUUAGAAAUCUUUAUCAUACAAGAAUCAAACAGUAACAAACACGAAUUUAACAAAGCUAACGUGAUUUCCUGUCUUAUAAGUGGAAUUCUGCCCAUAAGGGGAAAAAAGACUUUAAGUAGGGAGGAAGGAAUGAUAUACUCUUAAAUUUCUUUUUUCCUUAGAUACUGUAAAUAGAUAACCUCCUUAUAAUACUCUGAAAAAAAACAAAACAAAACAAAAAAAAAAACAAAACAUUUUUUUCUUUGUGGCAGACUUGCAAGUAAAAUACUUGAAACUGAAUUGGAGCUACGAGCAAAGAAGCCAUUUGCUUGUUGUCAGAUUACUCAGGGAGGCAGAAGAGUUGUCACCUGCACCGUUUCCUUUGCUGGUAGUCACUGGGGGAUCAGGCUCCCCCCAGCAGCCAGCUUUAGACUGCAUUCAAACAAAUGUUCGAAGGGCUCCAGCUGGGUAAGAGUCAGGUCUAAAAUUUCUUUUUCCAAAAUACUCCAUGGCCUUGGGCACUUUCCUGAGACCAAAUGCUUCCAUUUUGAGUUUUCAUGUAGGCAAGAUAAAGAUAACAGCCAUCUAAAAUGGAAGUAUCUGUGAUCCAGUACUGUGCUUUUUCCUAUCUCAACAAUUAACAAACAGAUCAGGACAGGUUAUUGGAGUAUCAAAAGGCAUGUGCUUAGCAUGACUGACUUUUAGAUUGGACGGGGAAAAAAACUCUCAAAAACCUUUGAUCCAGUCAUGUGCAAGACUAGCUCCAGAUACUUUUGUGUGUUUAUUUCUUUGCAGAGUUGAUGGAGGGGGAAAAAAACAACCUUACUUGAAUCGCCUCAGGCACAUAACAUGUCAAAAAGAGUCAUGAGCUUUGUUUUGUGGAAACAAACAAAAAAGAUGAAAAUUGCACAGGAAUAUUGAGAAGAGGAUUAUUUGUAAAUGAGAAGACUGUGCCUCUCUCACACCAAGUAAAUUCAGGGGAAUGGUGUUACUUGUAGCUCCUAGGCAGGCCAGCUUAUCUGAUCAAUCCCUAAAAGUAUACGGUAGUUACACUUUAAUGUGGAAUGGAAAAGUAGAAUAACAUCCCUUGGGAGAAAGGGUGUGUACCCAGUAUAAAGGGUAGUCACAUUAUCUCUCUAGGGAGGAUUUUAUCUCCUCAUAGCUUUAGCAAAUGAAAUUUUUAGCCUUAUUAAAUAGAAGAGUAAUCCAACAAUUGAGACACCACCUCCCUGCGAAGCAGAACUCAGUUUAACACCGACCUUCAAAAAUAGUAAGCUUUUUUUUUUUUUUUGGUAAAAUGAUUUCAAUGCAAUAACCACGAAACUUGGCAUACUCAAAGCCAGUAUCAGGGUCCAUCCUGAUCUACUAUACAUAAUUUUGCUAUUAGGUUUACAGGGAGGGGCCAAAGUUUAAGGAAGCAAGGGGAUAACUCUUAUAUGCAGCAUGUUACUAGAUGUCCCAGAUCUUUCUUUUUUUUUUUUUUUAAUGAGGUAAGACAAUCUGUCCCUCCAGGCACCAGCACUGUGUUUUGCAGCAGUGUAUUGCAGCAUCCCUGUCUCAAAGGACUGUGUCUGUUUGUGGCUUCUCUAAGCAUGUAGCACUUGCCCAGAUACCUACAAAGAUCUACCAGCACCACACUGUUGAAGUAUAGAGUUUGUGAGAUUUUCAUCCAGAAGCAGGCAAUUUCUUCAAACAAAAGAUGAUGGCUUUUCUCCAUUUCUGUAAAGAAUUGGCUGGAGAAGAGACCAACAAUCAGUAUUCUCUUCUUUCUUCAGGUUAUAAACCGUAAUACUACUUUGGUUUACUAUGUUCUUCAUCUCAUACCUUCUGGAAAGGCCUGUCUGUCAAUAGGACAGGCCCCACAGAUUUAAUUUGUAGAUUAUCAAUAUCACUGGGACUAUUGUGUUUAAUACAGUCCUAUUUCUGGUGUAUAUGGGCAUCUCAUAUAUGUUGGGAGGAAGAGAAUCAUUAUUACUCCCAUUUGACAGAUUGGGAAACACCUGUUGAAAAGCAAAUGCAGACCUACAUUCUCAACAGACACUUGAGUGCUUCAAGCAGCUUUUGGACACUAGCUCAUGUGAACGGGAGAUAUCAGACUUGUUUCUCCCAGGAACCAGUCCACAUGCUGGACUGUCCUUUCACAACACUUAUAAUGGCUUUAGACUGAAGUCCUAGAACAAGGAAAUAAAAUUAACAGUUUGCAUCUCAGGGCUACCAGACCUCAUUCCAUUUAAAUUAAAUGUACAUAGUAACUAGCCACAUUUACAGCCUUAUUUAGGUUUAUCAGCUAUGAGUCUACCAGUAGACAAAUGCCUCUUGGAGUUGUUUGCCUUGGUCAACACAUUCUGACAACAUAGCAAAAAUGCCACACAUUAAAAAAGGGGAUGAAAGAGAUGUCUCCCUCCCCCAACACCAUCAGCUUUAAUUGUCAACAGAAGAGGAUAUUUCCCUGCAGAUCACCAUCACUAAGCUAAAGUGAAUAAAAUAAUUUCUUGAUAUAAACUCUCAACACAAAUGAGUCAUAAGUGGCUUGAGCUGUACCCCACUAAGCAUGUAUUGCCUAUCACCAUUUCUUCCAGAAAGGAUGUCUCAUGCAAAACCUUAAGUCUUAGAGGUGUAUGUCACAUGGAUAAAUACAAGUCAACAGCUGAUACAGUUUAAGGCAGUCAGAUUGCCUAAUCUGAAAUCUCUUCACUGUUUCUGCUCUGUGAAACAAGAAUUACAACCAUGCACACUUGAAAAGGCAUCUGUUUGUUGUUUGGCAUACAGCAGUCAGUCUGCAGUUUUUAUAAUGAAUGGUCUCCUGGGUGAUAGAUGCAGCUGAUAUUCAAGCCAAAAAAUCAUAUUGCGUUUUCUAGUCCCAAUAUGAGACUCAUCUUCCAUUAUAAUUGAUGGCCAUUCCUACCGAGCAGUUUUGAACCUCCUCAGUUUUCCUCUAUCCCCUUUUUCCUUUAUUUCCCUGAACUCCUAUGGAAACGAUGGGGGUGGGUUUUUUAUUUUUAAAUGAUUAUGGCCGGCGAAUAAGCUGUGUAGGAUUCAUAAAGAGACAUGUUUAUUCAUAAAGGGACAUGUUUCUGUGUAGACUACUUCUAUUUAUGGUCUGUCUUCCUCCAGGAAAAAAGGAAGAGAAACAACAGUAAGCAGUGUAGGAAGGUGUCCUAGUUUCUAAUAAGGGAGCCUUAGUGCAACAUGUCUCUUGGGUAGCUAUAUUAAAGGGUUAGCUGAAGACAUAGUUACACUAAAAAAAAUAGGAGCUAGACAUGCUGCACACUAGUGAAACGCUGUACAGUCCCACUACGGAAAGGAGAACCUUUACUAUCCCUAUCAAAGACCAGGUUCUCAUCCUUUAGUUAUACUCUAGAUUUGUUUGCCAGCUUCCCUUCUCGGCUUCAGAAACCAAGCUCUAUAUGAUAAGCAGUUUCAAGCACAAUCCAGUGAGGUGAUUUCAAGGGAAGGUUACUCUGACAACCAGACAGGCUGUUAUUUCCCAAAGGGCCUGGGGGCAGCAUGUAGUAAUUCAGUUACUAAAACAACCUCAAUUUGUUUAAUACUUAAUCCUAGAAGUGUUCAAACCCUAAGAAAUACAAGUGCUAUUGUGAGUACUGUAUUUGUUUACAGAUAAUUCAGGUAUUUUAAGUGCUUCUCAUCCCUCUUCCCAGAGGCUUCACCAGAAAUGAAAGACAGAGAUGAGGAAAAAAAAUGGUAUCAAGCACACGUCCUGCACACCAUCUUAGAUCUCACUGGAGGAUAGGAUGGUAGGAUAAUAGGAUAAGCCCAUCAGUGAAGGAACAGCGUAUGCUCAGGCACUGGAGUCAAUUAACAGAAUCAAAAUGGGCAAAACAAUCAGUUUUGCACAGCAAUUCCCUUUUAAGUGUUUACUUACUUUACUAAUUCUCAGACCUUACAACAACUGAUGACUGUUCUGUAGGCUCACUUCUCCAUUUGAAAUACCUUCAGGUUUCUUGUACCUCAUGAGCAUGUGGCAACACAAAUCCCACCUCCCUCCCCAUAAGGAAGCCACACUUACCUUAAAGAUGCACAACAGGGUCCUGCUGCACUGCUCAACUGCCAGACUAAAGGUCCAUUUCUUGUCGCAGUUACUGAGAGCAUCAAACAGCAGUAGCAGUGUAAAUGCAUCACUGGGGCGUGGGAGACAGCGAUUCUCAGGGUACCCCUGUGACUACUCCAAGAUUUAUAUUUUGGGGUGCUCUUUGAGUCGUGUUACCUAGAAAUCUGCCCAUCACCUCCUCUCAUCUCCCAAAGGGAAUUGACUGCCCUGAAGGGUCAUGCCCUCUUAAGAGUUAAGGUCAGCUUAGGAGCUGUUUUUGGGGAAACACCUUUGAGAAAGAUUGAAGAAAUCUAUGCCUCAGAAGAGAAUUCAGGUUCUUAGCCAACAUCUCAGAUGCUAUUGUACUGCUAAUUCAGACUCAUAGCUCUGUACAUGAAUCCUCAUCUAGAGAAGAAGGUUGGGGGAGCUAGGACAGCGAAGGAACAGGCAAGAUCACGGGCAGCCCACCCCUAUCCACAUACUACGUGCCCUGGGACCAGUUCAAGUAAGAAGUGCUGCUGAAUGGCAGCGGGGAAGCCUGCAGCUAUCCUGUCAGAUCAGUUUUGACAGUUUGCAAUGUGGAAUUCAAUACCUUCAGGCUGACCUCACUACCACGUAUGUCCAUAAAUAGAAGUUGCAGGAUUCUCAAGUGCAGCGCCCUGUUUCUGUUAGUUAAGGCAGCUUUCUCUCCAACAAUAGAUUAGCUGUUAGACAUGAGAGAGCCUCAGAUUGAACCCACAGUGUGUAUGGAUUAGCUACUCUCUUAAGCUGAGCAAGUGCAGUGUAUUUAUACUGCAGAA